AUGUCGCGCCAUCAGUACAUUCGAAAUUUGGACUACGAGGAUGCCGUGGAAGAAUAUGAGGGAUAUUUAGAAGGGGAGGACGAACUCAGUGCAGAGGACCGAGCAUUGAUGAACCAGGGUACUGCGGAUGUUCAGGCGGCUCUUGGUGUGGAAGUUUCGAAGGUCACCACCGCUCAGAUACAGGAGGCGUUGUGGCACUACUAUUACGAUGUCGACAAGUCAGUCGCCUAUCUGAUCUCAAAAUUCAUCAACCCGCCCGUGAAAGAGAAAAAACAACCCAAGACGGCUGUGCCGCCACCAAAAGCCUAUGAAGUUCCCUCCCCACGCCCCAGUCCUCCCAUAGCCCUCCUGUUCCAGGAUAUGCCGUGGGGCAACAUUCCGAAAAGCCGCGAAACCACCUUUAUCCCACCGAUGUUGCCCAGAGGUGGGCUCCUUGGAGGAUCGGGAGCACCACCAAAGCUAUCUAAGCUGCAGGCCCUUGCUGCCGCACGUAAGAAGAAAGCUGAAGAGAAAAAGGUUAUCAACGACAAGGUGGAGCAAACGCGAGCCGUUGUGGAAAGCCUCACAGUAGAGGAUGGGAGGCGUGGGAAAGAAAACGAGUCGUUGAAUGGACCACCCGGCAAACGUCUUGAGACCUCCGAACCGGCAACGUUUCCCAGUCAUGGCGUGGUUGAGUCUCAUCAUAACGCCCCACGGGUUGAAGGUCACCGACAACACGAUGCCGACUCGUCCAAGCUUCAGUCCGAAGCGCUCCAGCCGGAGGUCCAGCCAAACUAUCAACAGGUGGUAGCCGAGCCAUCUGCGUUCGCGCAACUCUUGUGUGGGCCGCCAUCUGUCACUCGCGAGCUACAAAUUCCCACAGGGCCAUCGGAAGCCUUUGGGUACGGCUACGGGGCGGACAACCAAGGGAACCCACCCAAGACGAGCCUCUCAACCACGGACUGGUUCGACGUCCGCAAGCGCAAACUUGACGAGUGCGAGGAUGUGGUCGUCUUGUACCCAAAUUUACCUCAGUCUGUUCGGGACGCGUUCGCCAAGCCCAGCCCGGAUGACAUAGUUCUUGCGGCUCAAGCGAAGGCUAAAACUAAAGCUGGAACCAAGGCAGCUGCCGCCCAACCCAAGAAGAAGGGCGCGGCGUCCACGGACACUGUCGCCGCUGGGGUGGAAGGACUCAAGAUCGACGAUACCCCAUUACCGAAAAGCCGAAACCUCGAUGUUCUCUCUGAGCUAGAGAAGAGCAAGCCAAAAAAGAACGCCAGUUUUGUGGUGGUAGGGCAUGUGGAUGCGGGGAAAAGCACCAUGAUGGGCCGUUUGCUUCUUGAUCUCAAGGUCGUUGACCAACGCACGGUAGACAAGCUUCAUAAAGAGGCCAAAACCGAGGGUAAGGGAUCAUUCGGUCUCGCCUGGGUACUUGACCAACGCCCAGAAGAACGGAGUCGGGGGAUCACGAUGGACAUUGCCACCAAGCGAUUCGAGACCGAGCAUACUGCCUUCACGAUCCUCGACGCGCCAGGCCACGCCGAGUAUAUCUACAACAUGAUUGCCGGAGCAAGUCAGGCCGAUUUUGCAAUCCUAGUUAUCGAUGCUAGCAUCGACGCCUUCGAAUCCGGGCUCAAAGGGCAAACCCGAGAGCAUUCGCUCCUGAUCCGGAGUAUGGGAGUCUCCCGCGUCAUCGUCGCCGUCAACAAGCUGGACACCGUCGCCUGGUCGCAGGAGAGAUUCAAUGAAAUCAGGGACCAAAUGUCUGGGUUCCUAUCCACCGCCGGUUUCCAACAAAAGAACAUCGCAUUCGUCCCAGUCUCUGGUCUCCAUGGCGACAACUUGGUCCACAGAUCGUCCGACCCAGCAGCAUCAUGGUACAACGGCCCGACCCUGAUCCAAGAACUCGAAAACUCUGAGCCCAACGCCAGGGCGCUGUCCAAACCACUCCGCAUGACCGUUUUCGAGGUGUACCGCACCAUGCAAAGCCCCGUUACAGUCUCUGGCCGUGUCGAAGCUGGUUCUCUCCAGAUGGGCGAUGCACUCCUCGUCCAACCGAGUGGAGAAAAGGCCUACGUCAAGUCGAUCCUGUCAAACGAAGCCCCAGUGGACUGGGCAGUAGCGGGCCAAAACGUCGUGCUCCAUCUCAGCCAGAUCGAUCCUAUUCAUGUGAGAGAUGGGGAUAUCAUCUGCGAUCCAAACCACCCGAUUCCACGGGCCGACACGUUCACCUUGAAAGCGCUCGCAUUCGACAUUUUGAUGCCCAUGCCGGUUGAGGUUCACCGGGGCCGACUGAACCAAGCUGGCAAGAUCGAGGUCAUCCCAGCAAUAUUGGACAAGACAUCGGGGAAGGUGACGAAGAAGAAUCCUAAGAUUGUUAAGCCCGCGAUGGUAGCGAGGGUGGUGGUCAAGUUGGAGUCGCAGGUACCGCUGGAAGCUGGGCAACGGGUGGUGUUGAGAAGUGCUUUCGACAUGGAGCGUCGAUCGCGGAGCUGGGCCCUAGGCCUGAGCUUCAUUGGGUUCUUUGCCCUUCUGUUCUCGCUGGGCUUUGUUCAGCAGGUUAAGGCAGACGAUGUCUCUGAGUACGGGACCGUCAUUGGUAUUGAUUUGGGCACCACCUACUCGUGUGUUGGUGUGAUGCAAAAGGGCAAGGUGGAGAUUCUCGUCAACGACCAAGGCAACCGUAUUACCCCGUCCUAUGUCGCUUUCACCGAUGAGGAAAGGCUCGUUGGAGACGCCGCCAAGAACCAGGCCGCGGCCAACCCCUUCCGCACUGUUUUCGAUGUCAAGCGCCUGAUUGGCCGCAAGUUCUCGGAGAAGGACGUCCAGAGCGACAUCAAGCACUUCCCCUACAAGGUCGUGAGCAAGGAUGAGAAGCCGGUUGUCAAGGUCGAGGUUGGAGGCUCUGAGAAGACCUUCACCCCCGAGGAGAUCUCGGCUAUGGUCUUGGGCAAGAUGAAGGAGACCGCCGAGGCGUACCUGGGCAAGAAGGUCACCCACGCCGUCGUUACCGUCCCCGCCUACUUCAACGACAACCAGCGCCAGGCUACCAAGGAUGCCGGUAUGAUUGCGGGCCUUAACGUUCUCCGUAUCGUCAACGAGCCCACCGCUGCCGCUAUCGCCUACGGCCUGGACAAGACCCAGGGCGAGCGCCAGAUCAUCGUCUACGACCUUGGUGGCGGUACUUUCGAUGUCUCGCUCCUGUCGAUCGACCAGGGUGUUUUCGAGGUUCUGGCUACCGCCGGUGAUACCCACCUCGGUGGUGAGGAUUUCGACCAGCGUAUUAUCAACCACUUCGCCAAGACCUUCAACAAGAAGCACAGUGUCGACGUCACCACCGACGCCAAGGCCAUGGGCAAGCUCAAGCGUGAGGCCGAGAAGGCGAAGCGUACUCUCUCGAGCCAGAUGUCCACCCGUAUCGAGAUCGAGGCCUUCUUCCAGGGCACCGACUUCUCUGAGACCCUUACCCGCGCCAAGUUCGAGGAGCUCAACGGCGAUCUUUUCAAGAAGACCCUGAAGCCUGUCGAGCAGGUCCUCAAGGAUGCCAAGGUCUCCAAGAGCGAGGUUGACGAUAUUGUGCUCGUUGGUGGCUCCACUCGUAUCCCCAAGGUCCAGACCCUCAUUGAGGAGUUCUUCGGCAAGCCGGCCAGCAAGGGUAUCAACCCCGAUGAGGCUGUCGCUUUCGGUGCCGCCGUCCAGGCCGGUGUGUUGAGCGGCGAAGAGGGCACUGAGGAGAUCGUCCUCAUGGAUGUCAACCCGCUUACCCUUGGUAUUGAGACCACUGGUGGCGUUAUGACCAAGCUUAUCCCCCGUAACACCCCUAUUCCCACUCGCAAGAGCCAGAUUUUCUCCACUGCCGCCGACAACCAGCCCGUGGUCCUGAUCCAGGUCUACGAGGGUGAGCGCUCCAUGACCAAGGACAACAACAUCCUCGGCAAGUUCGAGCUUACCGGCAUCCCCCCUGCCCCUCGUGGUGUCCCCCAGAUCGAGGUCUCCUUCGAGCUUGACGCCAACGGAAUCCUCAAGGUUUCUGCCCACGACAAGGGCACUGGCAAGGGCGAGUCCAUCACCAUCACUAAUGACAAGGGCCGCCUUACCCAGGAGGAGAUUGACCGCAUGGUUGCCGAGGCCGAGAAGUACGCCGAGGAGGACAAGGCCACCCGUGAGCGUAUUGAGGCCCGUAACGGCCUGGAGAACUACGCCUUCAGCCUUAAGAACCAGGUCAACGAUGAGGAGGGUCUUGGAAGCAAGAUCUCCGAGGAUGACAAGGAGACCAUCCUUGACGCUGUUAAGGAGGCUCAGGACUGGCUUGAGGAGAACGCCGCCACCGCCAACGCCGAGGACUUCGAGGAGCAGAAAGAGAAGCUCAGCAACGUGGCCUACCCCAUUACCAGCAAGCUGUACUCUGGCGGCUCUGGCGAGGAUGACGAGCCCGACUCGCACGACGAGCUUUAA